UGAAUAAAAACGUCAAUCACGUUCCUUGUAUCAUAUAUCAAGCCUUUAACAAACCUUAUCUAUUCAACCUCUAUUUCCAGUGAGCAAAAAGACAUAUCUACAACCUUACUCGUCAUGAUCAUAUAUUUUGCUAAGGGGUUUCUAUUUCUACAAACAUUUCUUCUAUUUGGUUUUUCCCAGUUUGGCACUUCGCAAAACAUCUCUCAUGGGUUUCUUACUAUCAGCAACGCCAUCAGAGAUGGUCACUUUUUAGUCUCUGAAGGAGAAACCUUUGCACUUGGUUUCUUUCGUCCCGGAGUGUCCACCAACCGCUAUGUUGGAAUUCGGUAUAAUAAAGCUCCACAACAACCCGUGGUGUGGGUUGCAAACAGAGACAAUCCUAUCAAUGAUUCUUCUGGGGUUCUCUCAAUUGAUGCUCAUGGAAACCUAGUACUCCAUGUCAAAGAUCGAAACCAACCCAUCUGGUCCACAAAUAUUACCUCAAAAUCAAGCGACAACAGCACUUUUGCUCAGCUCUUGGAUUCAGGAAAUCUACAAUUGGUUCUUAACAAAACUAGGGAGGUGCUAUGGCAAAGCUUUGAUUAUCCAACUGAUACAACUCUGCCAAACAUGAAACUUGGGCUGGACAGAAGAACUGGUCUGAGCCGAAUCCUAACAUCUUGGAAGUCCAAAGAUGAUCCAGGAACUGGAACUUAUUCCUAUGUGCUCAACACCAGUAGCUCCUCCCCGGAGUUGUAUUUGUACAAAAGUAACAUUUUGUGGUGGCGUUCAGGUCAUUGGAAUGGAAUUGGAUGGAGUGGGGUACCAACUUUGUCAAGUAGUAACUUGCUUCUGAAUUUCAGUUUAGUGAACAACCAGAAUGAGACUACUACGAGUUGGGGUUUACGCUACGCAAGAUUAUUCUCAAGAUUGGUGGUGAACGAAUCUGGAUCAAUUCAACGAUUUAUGGGCAAGGAAGGAGAUCAACAAUGGGCUUUUCUUGGGUCAGUUCCAUUGGACCAGUGCGACAUUUACGGCAAGUGUGGUGCAUUUGGUAAAUGUGAAAAUGUUACUGAAUUUGAAUGCACUUGUCUACCUGGGUUCCAACCCAAGUCACCAAGUGAAUGGUCUCCGAGAAAUGCAUCCAGUGGGUGUGUAAGAAAGCGUGGGCAGGCAUCUAUAUGCAACAGUGGUGAUGGGUUUUUGAAGGUAGAAAAUGUGAAGCUUCCAGAUAGCUCAUUUGCACGAGUUGAUGAGAAGCUGAGUUUGAAGGAGUGUCGGCAACAAUGCUUGAAAAAUUGUUCUUGCGCGGCGUAUGGAGGUGUGGAUGCGAAGGAGGAAGUCGGGUGUUUGAGAUGGUAUGGUGAAAUGAUAGAUACAAGAGUGUUGAAUGGGGGCCAAAAUUUGUACGUACGAGUGGAUGCGCUUGAGUUAGGUCAUUCCAAUGGAUUCUUUGCCAACAAGAGGAGGCGAGCAAUUAUGAUAGUGGCCCUACUUGUUACUCCAUUACUAAUUUUCCUCUGUGCAUAUUGGCUGAUUAGGAGAAAAAGGAAAGCAAGGGAAAGAAAGUUCAAAUUGUUCGACGAUGUUACUGCAAGUUCAACAACUUUUCGAGAUUCUCAUAAGCUUGAUGGAGGUAGAAGAAAACCGGAUCUACCAUUUUUCGAUAUAAGCACCAUACUUGCAGCAACAGACAAUUUCUCUCCUACUAAAAAACUUGGUCAAGGUGGCUUCGGCCCGGUCUACAAGGGUCAACUAGCCAAUGGGCAAGAAAUAGCAGUAAAAACACUCUCAAGAAGUUCAAGGCAAGGCACAGAAGAAUUUAAGAAUGAAGUCAUGCUAAUAGCCAAACUCCAACAUAGGAAUCUUGUGAGGCUUUUUGGUUGCUGCAUCCACAAAGAAGAGAAGAUGUUAAUCUAUGAAUAUAUGCCAAACAAAAGCCUAGACUUUUUCAUCUUUGACGAAAUAGGAAGGCAAUUGUUGGAUUGGAGUAAGCGAUUUGAAAUUAUUUCUGGUAUUGCUCGAGGAGUCUUAUAUCUUCAUCAAGAUUCAAGACUAAAAAUCAUCCAUAGAGAUCUAAAAACAAGCAAUGUACUACUCGAUGCUGCAAUGAAUCCAAAAAUUUCAGAUUUCGGUUUGGCAAGAAUGUUUGGAGAUGACCAAAUUGAAGCAAAUACAAAUAGAGUUGUUGGCACCUAUGGAUAUAUGGCACCAGAGUAUGCAAUGGAAGGAUUAUAUUCUACCAAAUCAGAUGUCUUUAGCUAUGGUGUCUUAAUUCUAGAGAUAAUUAGUGGCAAGAGAAACAAUCACUAUCAUAUUGCAACUCCAUGCCUAAAUUUAAUAGGACAUGCUUGGGACUUAUGGAUGGAGGGCAAAGCCUUGGACUUAGUCGACUCAUCAUUGGGUCAAGCAUAUCCUGCUCAUGAAGUUUCAAGAUGUAUUCAAAUUGGGCUUUUAUGUGUGCAAGAACAAGCGACAGAACGACCAACCAUGGUAGAAAUUGUAUUCAUGCUGGGAAAUGAAACAACUCUUCCCACACCAAACAAGCCAGCAUUUAUCAAUAGACGAAAUAUAAAUAAUGCUCAAGACUCAUCAAAUUCUGCAGGAGCACCUGGUUCAAUCAAUGAUGUAACCAUUUCUGUGCUUGAAGCUCGUUGAAGUAUGCACUUAUUACUUAUACUAUAAUUUCAUAUUUGAAUAAAUACAGUGCAUAUGGUACUCUAUAGAACACUCUAGUGGUGUUCUACCGAUUAACUUGUUGGCAGAUGUUCAAGUUUCUGUAGUUUGAAAGAACACUCACUAUGUUACAAUCUUUUCAAUAGAACACUCUAGUGGUAUUUUACCUAUAAACUUAUUGGCAGAAGUUCAAGUUUUUUGUGGUUUGAAAGAACACUUACUAUGUUAUAAUCUCUUCGUUAUGGCUCAAGGUGAAAAACUCUAAAAUUAUCUCAUGUGGAGAACACUAUAGAGAUAGGGUUUUCUAAUUAUUUAGGCUCAAGAAGAUUUGUUCUUAGCCAAACUUGAUAUGGUAACUUUUCUACUCAGAAUUUGAUA